ACCUGUUUAUAGCGUGCGUGCUAAUGGUUUGGUAUGGUGAAGAGCACGAUGUGAUUAUAAUUAUGUUAGUCCUUCCCAUAGAUCAGCGGACAGAUGUGAAGCUGGCGAGAGAAGACAAAAUAUUCGCCGUGAACUCGCAGACAGGAUAUACUCUCCUCUAGGUCGCUAACCGUGCGGCGCCUCUCGGCCAAGAAGCUGAGAACUAGACACUGCAAUUCCGUUUAGGCAAGGGCCUGUACGGAAAGGGUCGGCCGUCCAUUAACGCAGACCAGAGCUCGCAGGCCAAGCUAAGAGAAGGCUACGGCACGCACUCACUUGCAAAAAACAAACUCUAGGUGUGCGGCAUGGCGAGUCAAUCGGCUAGUGUCCAGAACCAGAGUGACGAUGGGAUGACUCGACUGAUCAUUACGCCAAGACCUGGUGUAGCGGAGGAUCUGCGACCGCCGGAAGAGAUUGGGUGUUUCUCUCUGGAUGACCAGCGUGCCAUAUUCAUGGACAGGCGAGAGGCGCGUCGCUGCAUCGAAAUUCCAGAUGGCUCGCUAGCGUGGGAUUUGAACGAAGGGUUUGCAGACUUUCAAUGGAGAGACGAGGAUAACAUUAAAGCAGAGGGAAUCAAGCCGAUGCUGGAAUGGAUCAUGGCACACCCAGCAGUUGUGAAGCGGUUCUCCAACACGAAGCGGUUCUCCAACACGAACUUUGUCUUGAAACGUGGAGUUAUGACGGACAUCAUGACUGCGCCAUACGAGUCGAAAAGCAAAUUCCCCAAGGAGUGGCGUCUUAAAGUGUGUAGACAUCGCAACACCAUAUACUUGUGCAAGGACGUGGAGUUUCCACAAUGGAAAAGCUUCUCCAGUGCAAGCCCCCGUGAGCAACAGACGACACACUGGGGUUUUAAAUUUGAAUCCUACUGCACAGCCUCCGUCAAUCCAGAAGCUGAAGUGAACAGCAAGCCGAAUGACACCGCAGGAUUUGACACAGUGGUCUACACGCAACUGGCUGAUCAUUCGUUCAUAUUAGCUGCGGAGGUGGAUGGUGAGCUUGACCGACCCGGCCUAUCACCGCCCUCCAACUAUGUGGAGAUGAAAACCCACAGGAACCUUCGUACUGCUUACCACACGGAAAUGUUCCACCGCCACAAGCUCUUCCGUACGUGGGCUCAGUGCCAUUGCAUUGGUGUACCAGACAUUCUGGUAGGCUUCCGAGAUGAUCAUGGUAUUGUGCGCAGUGUUCAAACAUACAAAGCAGCAGACCUCCCAGCCAUGUGCAAGGCCAAGGGCUAUUGGAGUGAUUCUGUGUGCCUGAAUUUCGCGCAGGACUUCUUCGACUGGCUUUGGAGAAGCAUCGAGGAGGCUGACCCUCUGCAGGUGCAGUAUGAAGUGACAUUUCAACGACCCUUCAAGAGCGUGUCGCUUCGCAAAGUUGAGUUAACCGACGAGAGCCAGGCAAUACUCAGUCCGGCGUUUUUGAUCUCCAUGGCAGCGGCAGCUAAGGUUGGAGAGAUAGAUGACUCACAGCGCAAGGGCUUUGAAAGCAACGCCAGUCGCAGACUGUGAAUCAGAGCAGCAUUGGCAAGUUGUGCAUCUGUCUCUUCCCGGGGCAUCCUGUAUUACGUUCCUAGAUGGUCCAGUCAGUUGCAAUGACUAUGUAUCCUCUCUUCUCUCUACCUCGAUCGGAUCCCCAACCCUCUUCACUUGGACUAGCCCAACAGUGGGAACACUAACACAUAAAGUUACGAUGCUAAGGAAAGUUUGUGAGUUUAGUGACAAUCAUAUAUUCUUUUCUGAAUGCAUAGGUCUGGUGGUUGUUUUGUUCACACACACUCUCUCUCUCCCUUUCUCUGUUUUCUCACGUACAUGGACUCUGUGUUUUUUUUCACGCUCAAAUUUCAGUGCCACAGUGCUGGCUACUGAAAUCCGACCCUAGAGCGGUGCGUUCACAUUCUAGCGUCUCUAUUUUUGUAGUUUUACAAUCCUGUGUUGGAUCUUUGUCAUGUGAGCGCGCCGCUCAGGGGUCGGAUUUCAGUUGCUAGGACUGUACAUUGUAUGUUGGCCAUUAUUGUCCUUACUCUGUGCACUCAUUUUACACAACCCAUUCCUAAACAAAAUCAUCGUCGAAGUCGCAACCUCUUUUUCGUACUCA